UAAAUUUGAAUCCAAUUUCAAUGUUUCCAUUUGGAUAAUCAUUACGAAAAGAAAUAAACAAGCUUCGAUACUAUCGAUAUAUUGCUAAGCAAAGCAUGCAGUGUAUCGAACAAUGCACGUUGUAGAUCCACGCGGUUUAAUAUUUCAGCAUGGAUCAAAAUUACCAAGAAGUUCGAUUACCAGAAAAAAUUGCAAAGAUCAACUCAAAGAUAUCAAAACGAACCUGAUUUUAGGUGACAGACGAUUAGCGACGAUUUUAUUGGAAAGAAUUAUUCCACGAAUCGACAAUGAUUUGUUCCUGGAACAUGCAUCAUUUCUUUUACAAAAUCUCAUGAAAAAUCUUGAAACAUCAAAUGAAACCGAUGAUCAAAUUUUAUGUAUUCGAGCUUUGAAUCAAAUGUUGAUCAAAGUAUACAACGUGAAUAUGCCAAGUUUAAAUCGAGAAUUGAGCCUAUCGAUAAUACCGCACAUGAUCAAACGUUUGAUGCAAUUUCGUUCGCACGAAGUAUUUUAUGCUGCUAAUUGUUUAAGUAUUUUAUCCACUUUGUUUCCUACUUUAAUAGCUGCAAAUCGUCAAUCAAUCGAGAAACGAAUCUUUCAACUUGUUGAUUUAAUUCAACAAUCCGAAAAUGAUAAUCAUCAUCAUGAUCUUUUGAAAUUAUUGGGAUUCUGUUAUUGCAAAAUUUAUCUAUCCGGUUCUACGGCCUUGAUGACUAGAUGGCGUGAAAUUAUUUCUAAACUUAUGAAUUCAUUGUCAACAUUCGCCAAACAUCCAAUUUUUUCAAAUGUAAAUAAACCGAUUAAAGUUUUCACAUUUGUCGAUAGUGGCCCAAUGGAAAUAUUCGUAAUGGAUAAUAAAUCUGAAUAUUCAUUGGCAAUGACGAAAAAAUUGUAUUUUAUUUCGGCCACUCUUUGUACUGUGAUAACCGGACAAUUUCCGAUAAAACUGCCAUUGCCAGUAGAAGCCAUUAUUGAAUGUUUAAAUACGAUGGUUAUCAUAUCGACACCAAAAUUCAACCAACCAUCAGAUGGACAACGAGAAAAAGAACCAAACAUUCGUACAUCAUCGAUAAUUUUACAAAAUGUUGUCAUCAUAUUACGAGCUUUAAUUGGUAGUUGUCGAUCGAAUAUUCUCUGCUAUUCACGAUUGAUCAUUCACAUCGUCAACACGACAAUCGAAUGGAUACAGCAACAACCACAGAAUAUUUCUUCUCAAUCACAAGUAUUUUUAGAGCUACAAUGUUCAGUUCUCAAAUGUUUGGCUGAUUAUUUUGAAACUCUUCGAUUGAAUACCUGUUUCUCUUACACUGAGUUUGAACCUAUUCUGAAUUUCAUUUUAGAAAAAAUCUCAAUCACCGAAUCUUUUUCCGUUAAUGACAGUUUUGUUCAUACCACCACCAACAACACCAUUCAAUCGAUACGAUGUAUUAAUUCACUGAUAAAUAAUUGUUCAAAUUUAUUGGAUAAAUUAGGAUGGCACAAAAUACAAAAUGUAGCCAUUAUUACACUGUUUCAAAUAUAUCGACGAUGGUUUCGUUUAAAUCAUCCUUACAAGAACGAUACUUGCCGUAAAGAACUAUUGGAGACUGUUCGAUUAAUAUUGGUGAAUCUUGAUGUUGCAAACGAUGUCCCUUUAGAAGCCAUAAUUAAUGUAUUGGAAGAGGCAAAUCGUUUCGAGAAUUCUGUCGAAAUUCGUCAACUAACUACUAGUACAAUUCAUCUUACAAACUAUGUAAUUCUCUCUAAAAUCUCUAUAAACAAUGAAAUGUUGCUGCAAUCAAAUACAUCUGAAACAAAUGAAGAUUCCCCCAUUCUUGAUACUCAUGCCAAUGAUGGAAAUUUCAAAAAUCAAUCCAGCACUAGUAAUGAUCAAAUUAAAAAUGAAAAACCACCAAAAGCUGUCGAUAAACUUAUUCCUUCACCAGGCAAACAGCAGCUCACGACUACUAUAGAAAUUGUCAAUGAAAAUAUCAUUACCAAUGAUGAACAGCAGCAAAAAGCAAUGGAUCAGAAUUUUAAUCAAACAAGUGAUGGUCAAAUAGUGGAUACAGAAUUGAAAAAUGAAAAACGUAAAGCUUUUGAAAAUGAUGAUGAUAAUGAUUUGGAAGUGUUUCCAUCUUCAUGCAAACAUCCCAAAACUGUCAAUGAAACCAACGAAAAUGCCAUUAAAUCAGAAGAUUCCAAUGGCCGACAACAAGAACCAAUAACCAUCACAAUAGAAGAUUCAUCCGAUGAUGAUGAUGAACAAACAAUGAUCGAUGGAAAAAAAUCUAAGGAAUUAUCAUUAAAACCUUUACCAAAAUAUAAUGAAGAUGUAGAUGAUAUAAUGAAACUUUUUGUGGAAUAAUUGUAAUCUUUUUGUUUUUGUUUAUUUUAUAAUUUAAUUCAUUCAUCAUUCUUCGUAUUAAUUUUUUUUUAUACAAAUCAAUGUGAAAUAUAGUGGCGGUGUUUUUUAUACUGUGGAAUCAUCAUAAUCAUCACAAACAAACACUAACAAAGCAAUUAUUUAAAUAAAAAUUAAAUUCACUUUCAACAACGAGCGGAAUUUUGUAGUUUUUUU